AAAGCAGUGAUUUUUCAACUGUUACAACCACUUUGUAGUUGACCGACCGAUAUCAAGUUAUGACAUGCGCAUUACGGCAACUUUUACUUGCCGGCUUUGUUUCAUCACAUGUGUUGCAAAACACAUGGCUUUCGGCAUUCCUGAGAUAAGAAGCUAAGGUACAAUGGGUGAAAGCAUGAUUUCAAACUAUCAAACUCCACUUUCCAGUCGAUAUGGAAGUAAAGAAAUGUGUGAAAAUUUUAGUGAUGGAAAAAAGUUUUCAACCUGGAGACAAUUAUGGAUAUAUCUUGCCAAAGCAGAAAAGACUCUUGGAUUAAAUAUAACGGAUGAGCAAAUUGCUGAAAUGGAAGCUAACAAAGAUAAAAUUGAUUUUCAAGCUGCUGCAAAGGAGGAAAUGCUUACAAGACAUGAUGUUAUGGCACAUGUGCAUGUUUUUGCUGCCCAGUGUCCAAAAGCAGCUCCAAUAAUCCAUUUAGGAGCAACAUCCUGCUACGUUGGUGAUAAUACUGAUUUAAUACAAAUAAGAGAUGGACUCAAUAUUUUACUUCCCAAGCUUGCUCGUUGCAUAGAUAGGCUAUCUAAAUUUGCAGAAAAAUACAAGUCAUUACCAACAUUAGGCUUCACUCAUAUGCAACCAGCACAAUUAACUACAGUGGGGAAACGAGCAACUCUUUGGAUUUCUGAUUUGCUGUCUGACCUUGUGAACAUUCAAAGGGUGAGAGAUGAUCUUCGAUUUCGUGGAGUUAAAGGCACAACAGGUACUCAAGCCAGUUUCCUUGCUAUUUUUGAAGGAGAUCAUGAAAAAGUGAAAGAACUGGAUAAAUUGGUUACGAAGAUGGCAGGUUUUAGCAGAGCUUAUACUGUUACUGGUCAAACAUACAGUAGAAAAGUUGACUGCAACGUAGUUUACUGUUUAGCUGGUUUAGCUGCAUCUGUACAUAAGAUUUGCACAGAUCUUCGUUUGCUGGCUCAUAUGAAGGAGAUUGAAGAACCCUUUGAGAAAACUCAAAUUGGUUCCAGUGCUAUGGCAUACAAACGCAAUCCAAUGCGAAGUGAACGUUGUUGUGCUCUUGCAAAACUCCCCAUGGGAAACAUCAUAGAUGCUCUCAUCACAGCAUCAACUCAGUGGAUGGAGAGAACAUUGGAUGACAGUGCCAACAGACGAGUUAUUAUUCCAGAGACCUUUUUAUCAGCUGAUAUAUUCUUGAAUACACUUCAAAAUGUAACUGAUGGUUUAGUUGUUUACCCAAAAGUUAUUGAAAGACAUUUGAAACAAGAAUUGCCUUUUAUGGCUACAGAAAACAUUCUAAUGGCAAUGGUUAAGCUUGGAGGUGAUAGACAAGUCUGUCAUGAAGAAAUCCGUGUUUUAUCACACCAAGCUGCUGAAGUUGUAAAAAUGCAAGGAGGAGAUAAUGAUUUAGUUGAAAGGAUACGCAACAGUGCAUAUUUUGCUCCCAUCCAAGAUCAACUGGAUUCACUUUUAGAUCCAUCUACAUUUACAGGAAGAGCUCCUGAGCAGGUAACUGAAUUCUUGGAAGAGGAAGUUUACCCUCUGCUUGAACCUUAUAAAGAUCAGUUAGAAGUUAAAGCAGUGCUCAAAGUGUGAUAUAAAUUUAAUCGUAGGAACUGUUCUACUUAAACACAUGUGCCUAUAAUUAAGAUUUUGUUAUAAUCUGCAAAUGACUAUUUUGUUUGUACAAUGAAUUAUCUUUUGUUAAGAUUUUAUUAGGAAUUUUUAAAACAGCAAACUGCUUUUAUUAUAAUUAUGUCAAAGGAUCAACUCUGAGUUCAAUGAAAUAAUUAAAUUAUCUGUUUCAUUCACUCAGUUUGGUGUAUGCAUUUCAUAUUAUGAGUAUACAUAUAAAGGUAAAGUUUUUUUCAUGUUAAAUGCUAAGCCAUCUAUAAGAGGGUGACAUAACAUUUUUAACGUCUCUUUUCAUCAAACAAGAAUUUGCUUAUUUUAUUAAUUUCCUUGAAUUUAUUGCAAAUACCCAGUUUCAAAAGAAUAUUAUUGUUUUCUUAACCCCAUUAAUUAAUAUAACACAAAUUUUUAAAGGCAUUAAAUAAUAUUCAAUGGGAUUAUAAAAUAA